GCGGCCCAACCCGGAAGCGCUCUGCACCACCAGGUCCAUGGAGACGGCCCCCAGGAUUCCUGGAUCCGCACGCAGUGCUCUCGCCUGAGAAAUGUUUUCUCUUUACCGUGCAUUAUUUCUUAAAGGUAUGUUGAUUGGGAGCAUUUCCUGGGCUUUGGUAACUAUGUUUAGCCAAAUAGACAUUCGACUCGGAGGUCAAACUGAAGACCACAAACACCGUCAUCUUCAACCACCUAAUGGAAAAGAAUUCUUAAAUAUUUCACAAGUGACACGCACGGAACUCAGCAAAAGUAUGCGUGUUUUUUGUAUCAUCCUCGGAGAAUACGAAGAUGACAGUAACUGGACUAUGCUAAGAGACAGUUGGCCCAAACACUGUGACCAAGCAGAGUUCUAUGGUGCUAAAAGUGAACACUUGUUCAAUAGAGAAAUAAAUGACAAGUGGAAACACAUGAGCAAAACUUACAAAGACGUCUUUGAAAAGUAUGGCAACACCUUCAAGUGGUACUUUCUUGCACUUCCCACCACGUUUGCUGUCAUGGAAAAUUUAAAGUACUUUCUGCUGACGAAGGAUGCAUCACAACCUUUCUAUUUGGGCCACACAAUUACAUCUGGAGACCUCGAAUAUGUGACUGUGGAUGGAGGCAUUGUCUUAAGUAUAGAGGCGCUGAGGAGAUUUCACAGGUCUCUCAGUAAGAAUGAAAAGUGUGCAAAUCAAAGUGUGAUUUGGAAUUUAUCCUUCGAUAAGCAGCUGGCAAUCUGCCUGAAAUAUGCAGGUGUUUUUGCAGAAAAUGCAGAAGAUUACGAAGGAAGACAUAUAUUUAAUACAAAACCAAUUGCAGCUCUUAUUCAGGAGGCAAUGCGUAAUAACCCUCACCAAACAGUAAAAGGCUGCUGUUCGGAUUUAGCCAUUACUUUUAAUGGACUGACACCCCAAAAGAUGGAAGUGAUGAUGUAUGGCGUCUACCGGCUCAGGGCAUUUGGACAUUAUUUCAAUGACACACUGGUUUUCUUGCCUCCAAAUGGUUCAGAAAAUGACUGAGGAAUGGCAAACACUGUGCUGUUCAAGAACACCUGAAAUGAGACUAGUCCAAAUUAAUGUGAUUAAUACAAAACACACUUUAUUCAAUAAUACAUAAUUAUUAGAAGCCUGAUUAGUAUGAGAAGUGUAAAGUAUGUGGAGUCUGGAGUAACUUUUUAUAUUGACUGCACAUUGAGUAUUUUGGAUAUGUUGCAUUAAAUAUACUAUUAAAAUUAA